AUGAGUUACAAUGAAGAACUUGUAGCUGCAUUCAACUCAAUGGGCUUCAGUGCUCUUGAUAGCAGCAGCAACGGCAACAGCAACAGCAAAAGCAGCAGCAACAUUAACGAUAUCCUUGAGCCACGCAUUAGCGACAAACGCAGCCUUAGUCUACCAGAUACCACAAACUCCUUCUACAAAGCCGUAUUCCCAUAUUCAUACACAGAGACCCAGAAUAGCCUUGCAAACACACAAAGUUGCGUCAGUUACCCAUUCGUCAACACCACUAAGCCAAAACCGGUUGACAAAAAAGCUAUCCUCAAUAACCCUUCUUUGGAUAACCCACUCAAUACCUCCAAUGUAUUCAUACAAGGACUAUCUCCCCUUACAACUCCAGAAGAGCUGCAAAAAGCUGUCGACUUAUAUGGACGCGUCAGCAGCGCCCGGGUGAUCAUGCAGCCAAACAAGAAGGCAUGUAAAGGUUACGGUUUCGUGCAAUUCGUCAGCACAUUAGAUGCUCAUGCAGCUAUCAUUGCAUUAAAUAGCAAAGGCGUCAACGCUGCCUUUGCAAAACAAGAGAGCUUCACCGCUAGAUUGAGAAGAUUAGAAGACGAGGAGUCUACAAAUCUUUACUUAUCCAACUUGCCUCUAGAUAUGAAUGACGGCAAGUUGUCUUUGCUCUUUUAUCCAGCGAAUAUUCAGUCAAUGAGGGUUUUGAAAAGUGGAACAGGCGAAUCGAGAGGUGUAGGAUUCGUUAGAGUCAAGGAUAGACAUACGGCCAGCUUCUUCAUCGAUAAACUCCACGGUAUGUCGCUUCCUGGGUCUGAUCUCCCAUUGCAGGUUAGAUUUGCAGACAGUCAAUCACAGAAAGAUUUCAAAAAAUACGCCACGGGGUCAAAGCAUGGUCUUAAAAAUAGCACAAGCAUGAAUUAUAUGAACUCAACAAUCAGGAAUGAUAUCGUCGAAACCGCUUUCAACAAGGCACCACUGCCACAGUUACAAACACCACAAUUGAAGCACUCACAGAGCUACGAAUCAUUAGGUCGCACAAAUGGUGGCUUCCACUACAAUCCUUUAUUUGAGGACGUGUUCAAUGUACAAAAUAGCGCAUCCAAGGUUAUGUCAACACAGAGAAAACCAUCAUUCGAUCCAUUCUCGGAAGAUUUAGUCGACUUGAGGAACCUUACAUUCUGCCAUCCUAACGAUUCACAGCCAUCACUAUCACACUCAAACUCAUCAAAUAGCUUCAAUUAA